AAAAAACCUUCGCCUGCUUCAAAGCCUUCAGCUUCCAGGAUACAGCCCACGGUUCCACGGUCCAGCUACCAGGGAAACUGGUCGGGACCUUCUCGCUCCCAGUCAAACAGGGGAGGGGGGCGAGGAGGUCAGAAUCGGAUCAACUACCGAACUCCCCCGACGACAUCGGCAGCGGCAACGACCAGUCGGGCCAGGUACAGCCACAAGCCACGUGCUUCAACACGACGUCGAUAACCGAGGAACAUAUACCACCCACUACACAGUCAACUUACGCUGGCUGCAGCGAUACUCUCCGGCAGUCGUUCCUCGGACGUAAUAUCCCCAUAGAAUCGAUAGAUCUCAUGCUAGCAUCGCUCUCUGAUAACACUAAAAAACAAUAUAGUGUCUCAUACAAAGCCUGGUGGCAGUUUUGCAAUAUUAACAAUAUUAAUCCAUUCGAGGGUACAGUGGCAAAAGUUAUUUCUUUCCUAACGGAACAGUUUAACAAGGGUGCCUCCUACGGAUCCCUAAACUCACACAGAUCUGCACUCUCGUUAUUAUUGGGCAAUAAUAUAGGUUCUGACGAAUGUGUAAAACGAUUGUUAAAGGGAGCAUAUAAGCUUAAACCUAGUAAACCUAAAUAUACACACACAUGGGACCCACAACUAGUACUUAACCAUGUUUCUAAUUGGUACCCGAAUAGGGACUUGGACUUAUACCGGUUAACUAAAAAAUUAGUUAUACUACUUGCUUUAUGUACGGCACAAAGAGUCCAAACUCUUUCCCUUAUUAAGCUUGAAAAUAUAAAUAUAUCAUCCACUGGAAUUAAAAUAAUAAUAACAGAUAUUAUCAAGACUUCUGCUCCAGGUAGGGAACAGCCCGUACUUUUUCUUCCCUACUUUGUAGACAAUACAAAUAUUUGCCCGGCCACUGUACUUUCAGAUUACAUAUACGCUACGAAAACUCUCCGGAAUAAAAACUCUGAUAAUUUAAUAUUAACAAUUAAAAAACCCAACAGGGCGGCCACGGCCCAAACUAUUAGCCGUUGGAUAAAGUUAGUGUUGUCAGAAAGCGGUGUAGAUACAUCGAUAUUCAGUGCACACAGUACACGACACGCUUCGACCUCGUCCGCUAGUUCAGCGGGAGUGUGCAUCGACACAAUACGCAGAACCGCGGGGUGGACUAGCCGCUCACAUACGUUCGCCAAGUUCUAUAAGCUGAACAUAAUUAAUGAAGCAGAGUUUGCAGAGUCAGUAUGUCUCUCAUUUCAUUCCAACCAUACAUGCAAAUCUCAUAUCGUCUCUUAA